AUUUAUAUUAAAUCAGUGGGAGAAGUGGAUACAUGUCCAGGCCUCCUGUCUACUUACUUUUCAAUUUCUUCCAUGCAAAUGAACAGUCUCUUUCUCUAAAGUAAUUUAAGAUGUCGUGCUAAUAGAACUGAAUCCGAAUAUAGGAAAAAAACAGAGUGCUAUGAUGGGAUCACUUAGAGAUGAAGAUACAAAGCAAUGAUUGUAAAUUGUAGCAGGGAAUUUCUGUUUCACGUGUUGAAAUUUAGGAGUUCUACUUUCCUUUCGCAUUUCUAAGUCCCAACCCUCUCCUAACUAACUCCUACAAUUCCCUUAUAUUUUUAAUAAUGUGUUACUUUAUCUGAUACUUAGAUAGUUACUGCUAGUAACAGCCUUGAGUCCUAAUCUGUUAGGCAGGAGCAAGCACAAAAAGUUGAUACUAAGACAGGAUUGGAGGUUUAUAGUAGGAGGUUUAAAUAAGAAAACUAAGAAUACCGAUGUAAGGUAGUUUUACAGCUCAAAGUUAGUUAGAAGGGAGGAAGUUUAAAUAAGAAGCUUAAAGUGGAAAGGGCAGAAGUUUUGGGGGAUUCGAGCAACUUGUAACUGGAAUAAUCCACUGGAAAGGAGAGUGCUCCUUUCUGGCAUCAUUUUGUGCAUUUGGUGAAAUAAAGAAGUUUUGAUUUUCUUUUCAUUGUUCUUCUCUGAAAAUAGUGUUGAUUCCUAACAAUUUUGGUCCAACAUGCCAUAUCUUUUGAAAUAGUGUUGAUUCCUAACAAUAAUGGAAAGCAGAGUGCUUUGGAGAAAUGGGUCCGUGAACAGAGGAAAGAGAUUGCAAACCUGAGAAAAUAUAUGAUUUUGUGGAGAAUGCAUAUAAGACAUGAGAGAAAUAAAGAAUCUGCUUCCUGAAAUCAAGGACAAACUGUCAAAUGGAGGAGAAAACUCAGUAGAUGGUGUCAGAACAGGGCAGAGGACAUCAACAGUAACAAAUCUAAUAAGGACAGGACAAGGAAGAACUUCUUUGCUCGUGUUAAAAAGAAAAUCUGAUUCCAAUCAUGAAAACAAGACUGAUGAGAUUCAAAAGACAGAACAUACUCCAAGAGGUUCUCCAAAUUCAUCUACUUCAGGGAAGCUUCCAAUUUGGCCCAUAUUUGAAGGACUCUGGCUUAUAUUGUCGUCAACCUACCUGCUACAUGUAUCAUUGUUCAUCUGGCUGAGUGCAGUUGUCUCUUCAUUCUUCUAUUUUCAGAAAGUGAGUGUGAUUGCUACCACAGUUACCAGCUCUGCAGGAAGAAGAAAGUUGUUUGCCCAGAUAAAUAGCUUUAUUGCUGUUUUCAUUCUUGGUGGACAGCUAUCCUUGACGGGACGCAUUCUUACCAUUGCUGGGGUGACUACAGCUAUAUGUGCAACACCGUUUGUUGGCUUCGUAAAUUUAGUUACUCUGGCUGUCUGGCCAAAUUGGGUGGUGGUUGCCAUUUGUGAGACAUUGAGAAAGGUUGUUACAUAUGUUGUGACAAGACCAGGAAGAGAACUUCUAUUUACCGUUGUUUCGGAGGAUGAGAAGUAUAAAGCCAAAGUAUGCAUAGAUGUCCUGGUUCAAAGACUUGGAGAUGCUGCAGCAGCUGGAAUGUACAAAAUGCUUUUUGGUACUCUCAACGGGAACCCAUCGACAGUUUCCCUUUAUGGCUUGCCUGUUUGUUUGUUGUGGAUAGUCUCAGCAUACUCUUUGGGUCGUCGGCAAGUUCAACUUUCCAAGCACCAGAUCUCAUCUACAUAAUAGAAUUUGUGAUUAAAUGUACAAUAUGUUAGUUAUUAAUAUUAUAUGGGAUACCACAAAUAGUAGAGACAGUCGAGCCUAAGAUAGUGAAAGCUAACAAGGCUGUGCUUUCCAAAAUUUUCAAUCAGUUCCUUUGGUGUUGGUAAUUUGGGUAUCUAUGCUCGUAUUUAAAGGAGUCGGAAAAUUAAAAGCAUUACACUUAAGAAAAUUACACAUCCCUUUAAUCCUAAUAAAAAAAAAAUUAUAGAAAAAUCAAUUUAUUAAAGCAAAUUAAUCCAGAGACGGUCCAGCAAUUAAG